AUUGUUUGGAUGAUUGUUGCCGGGGGAAGCGGUAUCAGCGGUGCACAAGUGAAAGUCGGUGCUGCAAGCGGUUGUCUCCGGAGUUACAGCGAUGCAGAGGGCGGCGGUGUCGGUGCUGAAACGUGGGGCAGCUCGGCGACAGGGUUGCGGUUUGUGCUUGCUGACCGGAACAGGCCAAAGGCCCAUCUUUACUGGUUCUGCCGGGCUGAGAAACGACAAUGAAAUACAGCGGGGUACGGCACCAGAACCGCAGGAAAAUGCAGAGAAAAAGGAAGCUGCUCCGCAGGCGAGAGAUGAUUUGCUGAACCUAAUCGGUGGUAUGAAAGUGGAAAUCAGCACCAAGAGGAAGUUGCGAGCCCUGAGAACAGACCAAGUAAAGGAUAAAACGAAAGCCGAGCCAGAAACCAUGGAAAGCACAACCAGCAUGUUUCAGCAUGCAACUGAAGAAAUUAAAAAUCAAAGUAACAAGACAUUAAGCCCAGACCUCGUGGCAGCAGCUUCAGCAGUUGCAUCAUCUAUGCCCCAUAACAAGAAACAGAUUGAGUCAGAAUUGCUUCAACAGCUUAGAAAGCAUGAAUCAGAAACAGAAGCACAGAAAAAUGGAGAUGUUAGCAACAUUGGUAAUAUUAUUGCAAACAUGAAGGUUGGAAAACGUCCUGGUGCACGGGCUGGGUUCAGAUCUGCCAAUCAAAUCCACUUUGAUGAAGAUGGGCAAGGAUAUGUUCCUCCCCGAGGUGUUACCAGUGAAUUCAAUGCACUGAAGAAAAGGAAGGGUAUUUAUACUGGAAAGAGGUUAAACAUCUUUCCUGCACACACGGAAUCAGAAAACGUUCCAGAAACUGUGGCACGACUAUCACUAUGGGACAUUGAGCUGGCCAAUGAAAUAGCAACCCUUUCUGAACAAUUGCCUCGAAAUGGGUUUGAGGAGAUGAUCCAGUGGACAAAGGAAGGAAAACUCUGGCAAUUUCCUAUCAACAAUGAGGCUGGACUUGAAGAAGAGGAAUCUGUGGAAUUUCAUGAACACAUAUAUCUGGAGAAACAUUUACAUGGGUUCUCGCAGGAGGGACCAAUACGCCAUUUCAUGGAACUAGUUGUCAACGGGUUAAGUAAGAAUCCGUAUUUAACGGUACAACAAAAGAUUGAACACAUCGACUGGUUUCGCCAAUAUUUCCAAGGAAAGCAGGAUAUUCUGAAUGAAAGUGAGAUGUAUAUUAACUGAAAUGAUUUUUUAAAACUGAGUAGUAUGUGAAAUCCUGGAUUGGUACAAUGGACAGACUGUUUUCUAGCUAAUAAAACACCUUAGAAGUGUUACCACUACUUAAUUUAAAAAUAAUUCUAAACACAAUCUCUUUCUGCAUUCUUUUGCUCAUCAGCCUUAUUUUGGUGAAGUAUUAUGAACUAGUAAUUUUUUGAUGUCUCUGUGUUGCAAUGAAUGUCCUUUUUCUUCUUCACUUAAUGGCAAUUCAGCACACUGAAAUAUAUUCUUAGCAUUUUCUCUUUAUUACUGAGACAUUAUAAAAGAGUACAUUUUUUAAAAAUAAAAAUAUCAGUUUUUGAUUACUCAAAUAUACUUAUGUUAAUAUGUUGUGAGAGAAUCAUUUGGUUUGUAAAUUUUCAUCAGGAUGCAGUUAAUUGCCUUGAAUUGAAUGUAAUUAGAACCCAUCAUGUAGGAAAAUGUCACCCUGCCAUUCCAAGAUAUAUAGUUCCGUAUUGCCAUGUGGACUUGAGACUAUAAACUUCUACACAAUGUUUGUAGAUUGAAAAAAUAAUGAAAGACUCAAAACCUAGUGGAGUGUGGCGGUAUUCAAAAUCGGGGGUUUUCAAUGCCAGAGGAAUAAAGUGUGGCUAUAACUUGAAACUGUAGAUAUAAAAUAAUUGGCAAUACAACUUGAGUGAGAAGAGAGAAGUGUUUUCAUAUGCAAUUAUUUUUAAUAUCUGGAAUGUACUACUGACCAGCAUGGUGGAAUCAAAUUUCAUAGUAACCUUCAAAGGGCUAUUCUGUAUGUAUUUGAAGGGAACCUUUAUCCAGAGUUAUGAAAAUAAAUCGUGAAAUGGGAUUAAUUAGACAGCACAAAUAGAAUGGAUUGAUGGACCGCUAAUAAAACCAUUCUGCAAUUUAUUAAAUAAAAACAAAAUUCUGGAAAUGCUCGGAGGGUGAGGCAGCAUUAGUGGUCAGAAAAGACAAAUUAGAUCCACUGUUAGGAUAAUGACUACAUUAUGAGAGCUAAAUUUGGGUGUCAAACACAGCUGUAAUAGGAAAAUCUACUUGUAUAUUUGCUUCAUUGCAGUCAAGUAAAUUGGAAACAAAUGUUUUGAACUAAAUGAAAUAGAAUGAGUGGAUAAAUAAAACGUCAAGAUGACUUAGUAAUACUUUCCUCUAGACGGUGCAUUGCCUGUCUGGCAGGUGAACUCUGAACCUUCUGUCAUUGUUCUAAAUUAGCUGUGGCUGCCAGGAAGGCAGCUCCACCAGUCACCCUUAUAAUGAUGACUUUUCCUACUCUGCUUUUGCAUAGUGAUUUGGGUUU